CUAACAUCAAUGACGGACCAGGAACGAAAGCAAGACAUGGACUGAAAUAGACAGGACUGGGCGAAAAUAAUCGGACACAGCUGGGUAUAAUGGGGAAGCACACGUGGAUAAUCAGGGGGGCAUGGCACACAUGAGGAUCGUACGAGCUGGGCGUGACAGUUCGACAUACUGAUCGCUAUGUAUCGCGAUACAACAGUUUGCAAUGUUACCAAAGUGUCAUUUUAUAAUUCCCAUAUUAAACAAGUUACCGUGCAUAGUGCUUUGGGGAGAGACAGACUCCAAGAGUGCAGUUCAUUUCACGUGUCUUUAAGUCAUUGUCUGAUAUUAUCCAGAGCUGAAUGUGUGAUUCAUGCUUACUACUAUAUUCUUGCUUUGCAGUUCUUACACAAUUUUUUUCUUAUUUACUUCUAUUAGUAAAUAAAAAACUUAUAAAACUGUCAUUAUUAUAUAACAACUAUACGUAUUAUGAUGUUAUUAUUUAGUUAUGUUGUUGCUUGGUUACAUUUGAUGCCUCCGCACGUGGGAAGCUACCGGUUUGAAAGAUGCGGCUUCACUUGCUUUUCUGCACCAAGAUGGCAAGAAUCAGACGAAUGGAGAAAGCUGUUUGCUGGAGCGAUGACAGAUACUGGGCAACUUGGGACAAGUGGGGAGAGGUGAUUGACUGGGGAGAUGAGAAAGAGCUGUGCUCCCCAGCAGAAUCACCUUCUGACCAGGCUGACAGUUCCACUGAGUCACAUUCCCGAAGGCGAAUUGCCAAGGCAGUUAGCUGGACGGAUGAUGCUUAUUGGGCAGCCUGGGACAAGUGGGAAGAGAUCAUCUGCUGGGGUGAUGAAGAGGAGUGCUCCCAAGUAACUCCACCCACUAGCCAGCUUGGGAGGGAUAAGGGGAUAGAUGUACAUGGGUUGGAGGCUUUUGUGAUGAAUAACAGGACAAUCUCCAUAAAGCCUGUAGACAACCAUCGAGACAGUCUGGAGAUAGGAGCUGUGCUGGUAGACCUCUGCCAGUUUGAUCUCGAAUAUUUAGAUCAAAGUAAAUUUGAUUUUGAAAUUGUACAAGUACAAAUUGGAGAAGUCAAAGUGGAGGAGACUAGAGAAAAGGCUUUUGAAAAAGCAUUUGAAUUGGAAAUUGUGGAUGUGGCAGUAGAAGUUAUAAACAGUGAAUUCCAGCUGAAUGCUAUAAAUUUGGAUAUUGUUGAAACUAAGGUGGACAAAUUAUUAUUGGAAGAACUGAUCGUUGGCGAUUUAGAAGCAGGCAAUGUGAAGGUGUCAGUGUCAAAUGGCAAUGUGGUGAAGGUACCCUUAAGGUACCCUUCACCACAGAGGAACAGAAGGACCAGGCAACCUUAGACCAUACUCUCUGGUGGUUGACUCGUGGCAACUGGACUUGUCUCUGAAAGUUAGAAACGUUUCGCUGCUCAUCGAAGCAGCUUCUUCAGACUGAGGGAGGUAGUAAGUGUCCACAUAUUUAUCCUCCUGGGUAAGUAGUCUAAGGGGGCUCGUUGAGUGAAACAAAGUGGGGGGGGGGAGUUGCGGGUAGAUGUAACCAGUCCCUCCUACUCCAAUAGAGUGGGUCGUUAAGGGUGGUCCACCCGGUGGAGGUGUGAAUUGGGUCUGUUUUUUUCCUGGGAAUUAUUUUUGUUUUGGCAAAUGAUGAGAGGGCCGCAGGUUAAAUUGGAGACAGAUUGUGCCUAAUGCCUCUACCUCUGUUGAGUGAGGGGUUGUGCAUUUGCACAUGCAAAGCUGCUUGGACGAGCGGUGAAACGUUUCUACUUUUCAGAGAGGUACAAUGUCUUUGGAUGUCUUUUGUCUUGUGCAGUCUGGGAGUUGACUGAAUGCUGGGGCGGGGGUAGCUUUUCCUUUGUAGUGGGGUCCGGUGGGGCGCCUUGGGCUCUGUGGGGCCCGGUGGUGCUGCUGCCUUGGGCCCCGGUCUGGAUGGGCCUGGGCCCCCCUCCCUGGAUGGAUUUCGGGGAACGGGGAGUGCCUAUGGGGGUCAGCGGGGGAGCUGGCUCCGGGGGGGGAGGUAUUUUGCCCCCCCCCCCAUUCCUU